AUGCUCGAGAGUGUUGUGGGGGUUGUACGGACCGAGAUUGCUGAGGCACAAGCAGAGAUAACAGAGGUUUGUGUGAUGCAGGCCACACAGUUCACAGAGUUCAUGGCACAUUUCGACGUUCUACAGCAGAUCCUCCAGAGAGAUGUUGCCUCACCAUUUGUGCCGCAACUCGGCACAUCUCAGGCACCUCCUGUAUCAUCCUCACCAGAUCCACCAGCACCGUUUAACAAUCCAGCAUGUUGCAAGAGAAAACACCAAUUAAAUGAACAUGAUGAGUGGCACUCCACGGCAUAUGAGAGUUCAAAGCUCUAUAAAGAAAAGGUUUUCAAAGUUUCAGACACAAGUGAUCGGGGAACACACUUUUGUAACACACAAUUAGAGAAAGUGUUAAAGCAUUAUGGAGUUCAUCAUCGCCUUGCGACACCUUACCAUCCACAAACGAGUGGGCAAGUGGAGGUUAUAAAUAGAGAGCUCAAGAGAAUCUUGACCAAAACAGUGGAUCAAGGUAAACGUAAUUGGUCUGAAAAGUUGGACGACACGCUUUGGGCUCAUAGAACGGCAUACAAAACACCAAUAGGGACCACUCCUUAUAAUUUCGUGUAUGGAAAAUCUUGCCAUUUACCGGUGAAGUUAGAGCACAAAGCAUAUUGGGCAAUUAAAUUGAUGAAUUUCGACUUGUGCAAAUCUGGAGAGCAACGAAUAUUACAUCUCAAUAAGCUUGAUGAAUGUAGGAUGAAGACAUAUGAGAAUGCAAGGAUAUAUAAGGAAAGAAUUCGGAAGUGGCAUGACAAGCAUAUUAAAAUCCCAAAAGACUUCAAAGUCGGCGAUCAGGUGCUACUAUUCAAUUCCCGUCUACGUUUAUUCCCGGGGAAACUUAAAUCAAGAUGGUCUGGUCCGUACACCGUAACCAAAGUUUCACCUCAUGGAGCCAUU